ACAGUCAACACAGUCAGUAUCACUGCAAGGAAACUAUAAAAGUCAGGAAUUAAUAAGAGAAAGGUUGCUCUCGUUGUAUAAGGACUGGCACUCAAUGAGUAGCACAAGAACAGAACUGAGAAUACAAGGAUUUGUCCACAUGAUGUGGACCUUGCCUUUGCUCCUCUACCUGGGGUCAACCUUAGUUCAGACUCAGAGUAACAAUGAACCAUAUUUCGGUCUGUUUGUCCCAUCUGUUCUGUAUUUUCCAUCUGAUGGGACCUUUUGCAUUCACACGGAUGGAAAUCUUGGUAAAUACUCCACUUUGAUGGUAAACCUAGAGUCCGAAUCAGGAACCACUAACCUUCAUACUGUAAAGGACGCGAGCCAGGGUCCAUUUCACUGUGAUGUCUUUCAGGUACCUUCCCCCUCUGGUACCGAAGAAGUAGUAAAGAUCGAAGUACGGGGACUGACCUCAGGGGAUUCCUCUGACCAACUCAGCAGCAAAUCUGUGACCAUCCGUAGAAAACAGAACGGAACUUUUAUCCAAACAGACAAGUCUAUAUAUAAACCUGGACAAAAAGUAAAUUUCCGUAUAGUUACCCUCAACCAGGAUUUGGAGACAAGCAAUGAGAAGUAUCCAUUGAUCGAGCUACAGGACCCACAGAGGAAUCGCCUGGCUCAAUGGAAAGAUGUCGUCCCCAACAGUGGCAUCGUGGACCUCUCAUUUCAGCUGUCUCCUGAGCCUGCCCUGGGAACUUAUAACAUAAAAACUGAUUUAAAAAACCACGUCUUCACUGUAGAGGAGUAUGUGCUUCCUAAAUUUGAAGUGAGUCUUCAAACUCCACCAUCCAUCACAGUUCUUGACUCAAAUAUGACAGUGACAACAUGUGCCAGGUAUACAUUUGGACAACCAGUUCCAGGCACUGUGACUUUCAAAAUCUGCCAAAAGCGUUGGUGGUCCCAUUGGUGGAGGUGGGGACCUUCCAGUGAAGAGGGAGAAAAUAAAGAGAGAGCAAAUAAUGUUUGUCAUCUUCAUACAGCCAAGAAUGACAAUUCUGGAUGCCUCAAGUCCACUGUGGACCUCUCCAAAUUCCAGAUACGAAAUUCAAAUUAUGACAGAAAGCUGGUGGUGGAGGCUUUUCUGGAGGAAGAAGGAACAGGAAUAACAAUAAAUGCCACGUCUCAACAAUGUGAUGUUUCAUCCCAACUCACCAAGAUUUCUUUCAAAGACUCAAAGUCCUAUUUUCAGCCAGGUGCACCCUACAGAGGAAAGUUGGUUUUGGAAUCAUUUAAUGGAAAGCCACUUUCUGGUCAGAAGGUCCACCUCACCACCUUUCUCAAAGACGAGUCCGUAACAGAGACAUUUACCACUGAUUCUGCUGGGGAGGUUUCAUUUCAACUGUCCACAUCUAAAUGGGGUGCAGACUCUGUAUCAUUAAAGGCAUUCACUGAUGAGAAAAAUGAAGACUAUAAGAGGGAUCGUAUUGCUGCCCGGUACGGUACCAGUUACCUAUAUCUGGAAGGCAUUUAUGUGAAAAGUCAAGACUCUGUGUAUAUUCACCCUGUAAAGAGUGCUGCACUUUGUCAUGAGAACAUAGCUGUCCGUGUUGAUUAUGACCUUGGAGAAAAAAAGGUCAAGGAAGUGAAAAAAGUCAACGAAGUCAAUGAAGUCAACGAAGUCAAUGAAGUCAAAGUAUUCUUUGUUGUUUUGGCUAAAAAUAAGAUUUUGCACAGUGGCCAGAAGACAGUGAGCCUGGAGAAAGCAGACUCACGUUCGGGAUCCAUGGAGAUUUCUCUCCCAGUCCGAGAUGUUUCUCCCACUGGGAAGAUUCUUGUUUUCACCUUAUCUGAUGAUGGUGAGGUGGCUGCAGAUACUGCAACGUUCCAAGUGACUGCAUGCCUGAAGCAAAAUGUCACCCUUGGGUUUUCUGAGGAACGUGUGCACCCAAGUUCACUUGUCAAGUUGAAUCUGGGAGCCGCCCCUGGUUCUUUAUGUGCGCUCCGUGUUGUUGACAAGAGUGUUACAUUGAUGAAACCAGAAGACGAACUCACAGAGGCUAAGAUUCAAAAUCUUAUCAAGACUCAGCCCCAUUAUUCGCCAUAUGAGAGCUUAGAUUAUGAAUUUUGUCGUGAUAAUGGACCUACAACUUAUUGGGGAAUAAUUAGUGAAGAACUUAACUCUUGGUGGCAUCCAUGGCAUGUCUAUCCAGUGAAGAAGAAGGAUCUUCAGAACAUAAUCGAGGAUAUGGGACUUACCAUCGUAACCAACUGGAACGUUAUGGCACCUGUGACCUGUAAAUUUGAGAGAGGAAUGAUGAUGAUGGCUGACGGCAUGACUUCUGCUGCUAUGCGUAGUGUACCAGUUUCAAGCAAGUUGAAAGGAGAUAAAUGGUGGGGUGGGCAAGCAUGGUUGUCCACUCACUCUGAUUGUGAUUCCCUUACUCAGUACCGUUGGCAUGAAGUACCCAGUGAUGACAGCAUGGACGUACGAAUACAUUUUCCAGAGACAUGGCUGUGGAAACUCCAGCCAAUCCCAUCAUCCGGUUCCGUGGAGACAGAGUUGAAGGUUCCAGACUCCAUCACUGAAUGGAAUGGCCAGAUGUUCUGUACAAAAGCUGGAAGUUUUGCUCUCUCUAAACCCACAACACUGAAUGUUUUCAAACCAUACUUUGUGGAGUUGACUUUGCCAUAUUCAAUAAAGCGUGGAGAGACCUUUGUCCUCAAAGCAAAUGUGUAUAACUACAUGCAAGAAUGCAUUCAGACUGAAGUCACCCUGCUUCUUUCAGAAGAUUUACGUCUGAAGGGAACUGAUAAAAAUAUCCAUAACACCUGCCUCUGUGCUGGAGAAAAGAAAACCGUCUCCUGGUCAGUGACUAUAACCAGCACAGGACAUAAAAACAUUACGGUCUCAUCUCAGGCUGUAGGUAGCCAGGACACCUGUGGCGGGCAGGAGACAAUGUUUCUUCAAAAAGGACAGAAGGACACAGUGAUAAACUCAUUGCUGGUAGAGCCGGAGGGUACUCCAGUGGAGCAGACACACAACUCCUUGCUUAUUUGUGAUGGAAGCUCUGUAGAAGAAAAGGUAAAGCUUGACCUUCCAGAAACAUAUGUAGAAGGAUCAGCGAAAGCAUCUAUCAAUGUCUUUGGAGAUUUAAUGUCGUCUGCACUGAACAAUUUGGACAAUCUCUUGGCCAUGUCGCAUGGUUGUGGAGAACAAAACAUGGUGCUUUUUGCCCCCAACAUCUACAUCCUGCAAUAUUUAAAGUCCUCCCAGCAGCUCAGUGAAGAGAUUGGCAACAAAGGGAAAGAUUUCUUAACAAAAGGAUACCAACGUCAGUUAACCUACAAACACAAAGCUGGGUCUUACAGUGCGUUUGGAGAGAGUGACAAAGAGGGGAACACAUGGCUCACUGCAUUCGUCCUUAAGAGCUUCACACAAGCCCAGGAUUUUGUCUAUAUAGAUGAGGAGCAUGUAAAUAAUGGGAUUAAAUGGAUGGAGAAACAGCAGAGAUCAGAUGGUUGUUUCAAGGCCACAGGACGUCUGUUAAACAAUGCUCUGAAGGGUGGAGUUGAUGAUGAGGUUUCUCUCACAGGUUAUGUCCUGGCUGCUUUAAUGGAAAGUGGUAUGUCUCCUGAUAAUCCUAUGGUGGAAAGAGGCAUGAAAUGUCUAAAAAAUGCAUCUCUAGAGGAGGCUAGCACCUACAAAAUGGCCCUAAUGGCCUACGCUUACACUUUGGCAGAUCUUCCAGAUGCCCGAGAUGAACUUCUUCAGAAAUUGGACAGUAAAGCAAUAAAAGCAGAUGGUUCAACACACUGGACCCAGGCAUCCAAAGCUGAAUCAGAUAGUUUCUGGUCCAAACCCAAGUCUGUGGAUGUAGAAUUAACAUCAUACGUUCUUCUGUCAAAAGCUUCAGCCAAAAAAGUGUCUAAGAAGGAGAUUGGAGAAAUGGUGGCCAUCAUGCGAUGGUUAUCAAAACAGCAGAAUGCCAACGGAGGAUUCUGUUCCACUCAGGACACGGUGGUCGCACUCCAAGCUCUGGCUAAGUUUGGAUCACUGACUUUCUCCAAAGCUGGGAAUGUCACAGUAACGGUUAGCUCACCGAAUGGCUUCCAGCAUGAGCUCCAUGUAGAUGACAGCAAUCGUCUCCUCCUGCAAAGGACUUCCUUACCACACAUCCCUGGAGAAUAUACCAUUUCUGCCACAGGCAUGGGGAGUGUUUAUGUACAAGUAACUAAGAGAUACCAUAUACCCCCACCAGAAAGAGAAGCCACCUUUAAUCUGUCGGUUGUGACCCAGUGCACCAAGAAAGACUUAUUGGAGAUUGCAGUGGAGUUUUGGUACCAAGGAGAGCGUCCUUCUACUAACAUGGCCCUUGUGGAUGUGAAGAUGAUUUCAGGAUAUGUUCCCCAAAAGGAAUCCAUAGAAAAAUUAAAAAAAAAAUCAGCAGUGAAAAGAGUGGAAACUAAUGAUGACAGUGCAAUUAUCUACAUUGAAGAGGUGACUUCACAGCCUCAGGUUUUGAAAUUUGUUGCUGAGCGAAAAGUCCAAGUGACUGACCUAAAACCUGCCAUUUUAAGGAUUUAUGACUAUUAUAUACCAGAGGAGGAGAAAAUGAUCAACUACUUGAAAAUUUGCACUUAGGAGAAUUAUUCUCAUGUUCCUGAACGGCUAUUCUUCAUUCAACUUGACGUUUCAGAAUAUCAAAACAUUCCUUGUCUAUACUUCCACACGCACACUCAGACACACUCAAAUACAGUCACACACUCACACAUACUCACUUAGAUACAUACACUUUGAAAUAUACACACAGUGACAAACGUAUAUACAUGCACAUUUUGAUAAAACAUUCUCACUAGCGCACUCCCUUCAAAGACACAUGUUUAUGUUAAUAAAUGCAUUAAUUCAUUGAAGACUAGUCACAUGGAUGUUCUCUUAUUCCUGCACAGCUAAGCAAUAAAAUAUUUC